AAACCUGGACAUGUCGAAAAAGUCCAAAGACACUAAAUUAAUUAUAUUAGGAGAUGUUCAUGGGCAACUUCAUGAUGUUCUAUGGCUGUUCAAUAGAUUUGGAAUACCAUCAUCCACAAAUAUAUAUAUUUUUAAUGGCGAUAUAGCAGAUAGAGGAGAAAAUGCAACGGAAAUAUUCAUUUUGUUAUUUAUUUUUAAAUUAAGCUGUAACGAUAGUGUUAUAAUUAAUAGGGGUAACCACGAAUGUUCUUAUAUGAACGAGGUUUAUGGAUUUUACAACGAAGUUCUUUCAAAAUAUGAUAACACAAUUUUUGAUCUCUUUCAAAAUAUAUUUGAGCUACUAGGACUAGCCGUUAAUAUACAAAAUCAAAUAUUUGUUGUGCACGGAGGUCUAUCUAGAUAUCAAGAUUUAACACUGAAAGAAAUCGACGAACUUGAUAGAAAGAAACAAGAAAUCCUUCAUCCUGAACUAUAUGAAGAUAUAGUAAUUUUUGAUUUAUUAUGGUCAGAUCCUCAAAAAAAAGAUGGAAUAGGAGGAAAUGCACGAGGGAAUAAUUGUAUAACUUUUGGGCCUGAUGUAACAGAAACGUUUUUAAAAAACAAUAAUUUAGAUAUUUUGAUAAGAUCUCAUCAAGUACCUAAAACUUUAAAAGGUAUUGAAAGUCAUCAUGAAGGGAAAUGUAUAACUCUUUUUUCUGCUUCAAAUUAUUGUAACAAAAUAAAAAAUCUAGGAGCUGCUAUUAUAUUUAAUCAAGACCUUACAUUCGAAGUGCAAGAAUAUAUGUCUCCUUCCCUUGAAGUUAUAAGGGAGACAUUUGAGGAAAAUCAAAAAUUGAGAGAAAAAGUACUACACUGUUCAAAAAUAGUGGAGCUGGAAAAAAAUGAACAAAAGAACAAUAACAAGUUGUCAACAGAAGGACUUAUGAAUGAUAUCAUAAAUUGUUUAAGUACCAUAAUAUGUAAUGAAAAAAAUUCUUUAUGGAAUAGUUUAUACAAACAAGAUAAAGACAAAAAAGGAGUAGUCCACAUAAACAUAUGGAAGGAAGAGUUAGGAAAGUUGAGCAAGACUAAAAAGGUACCAUGGAUAUAUUUAUGUAGAAAAUUAAAAAUGAUUGAGGAUUAUCAUGUGAAUUAUAAUAACAUUUUAAGCAGAUUUAAAAUAAAUUAUGCACCAAACGAAAAAUUUUUAAAUACAGAAUGGAAGAAUGAAUGUUUUGAACAUUUAUAUGAAGCUUUAUUAAAAGCUGAUUUAAGUUUAAGAGAGACACUUAUGGUGUUUGAUAAAAAUUUAGAUGGAAAAGUAUCCUUUGCUGAAUUUGAGCAGGUCUUAAGGGACCUAAAUAUAGAUUUAUCCAAUGAACAAAUAAGGAUAUUGGUCAGACUAAUAAAUAGUAAUUCCUUAUGUAAUAACAAAAAUUUACAAGAAAAUGAUAAAAUCGAUGUUGCCGAAUUUAUUGGUAAAAUGCGUGUAUGUUAUCGUUUAUCAAUAAAUAAAGAUUAUGUAAAUAAUGAAAAAAUAAAAAAACUAAUCGAAACGAUAGGAAAACAUAUUUUAUCAGACAGUGCAGAUACAGCUAAUUAUCAUUAUAAAUUUUAUGAAGAAAAUAAUGAAAGACAUAAUUCUGAGAGGAGAAAACGAUCUAGUGUAAUCAAGUCCGUUGCUUUAUUUCAGAAAUUUAAAAACUACGACAAUUUUGGAAAUGGCUAUUUGGAUUAUAACGAUUUUGUCAAGGCAAUUAAAAAUUUCGACAUGAACAAAAUAAGUAAAGAAGUAGAAUUUGAAGUUGAUGAUGAUAUUCUUAUGGAACUAGCCAAAUCGAUAGACAUAACAAAAUCAUCAAAGAUAAAUUUCUUGGAGUUUUUACAAGCAUUUUAUGUGGUUAAUAAGAGUAAAUAUUCAUACGUAGACGAGAUAUGGUGUCACAUAUGUACGGUAAUAUAUGAGAAUAAGGUUGCCUUAAAAAAAUGCAUGAAAUAUUUAGAAGAUACAAUGCAAGGAAAAAUAACAAGCAUACAUUUUAGAUAUAUACUAUUGGAAUUGAAUAAAAUAUUACAAGAGCAUAAUUUUGAAAUGAACAAGCCUUUAACAGAUGAACAAAUUGACUUACUAGCUUAUACAGUCGAAACAGAUGAUAAAGUGGAUUAUGUUGAAUUCUUCAACUCUUUCAAGCCUACAUAUAUAUAUUCAAAUAAUUAA